CUUUGUGUGUUCUACGAGAACAAGUGGAGGAAAACCCUGAAAAUGGCGGUGGAAGAAGAGGAAGAAAUGGUUUGCUUGGACGAAUCUUUCUUCAUCAAUGACGAUUACCAGCUCACUACAUUCACAUUUGGGUCUCAUGAACUUCAGCUCUUCUGCCUCCAAUCUGCUUCCACUGAUUUUGAUUUGACAGGGCAAUUGGUAUGGCCUGGUGCAAUGCUCUUGAACAAUUACCUCUCCCAAAAUGCCGAGAUGCUCCAGGGAUGUUCUGUUAUUGAAUUAGGAUCUGGUGUAGGUAUAACUGGAAUACUCUGCAGCAGAUUUUGUCAUGAAGUUGUUUUAACUGAUCAUAAUGAUGAAGUGCUGAAGAUCCUGAAGAGAAAUAUUGAGCUGCAUUCUUCUUCUAUAAACCCUAGUUGUGCUGGACUGAAAGCUGAGAAGUUAGAAUGGGGAAACUCAGAUCAGAUCAACAAAAUAUUGUGCAAACGUUCUGGAGGUUUUGAUAUGGUUCUUGGAGCUGACAUAUAUAUCCUGAAUCUUGGUCCAUAAUUAGCAUUGAUAGUGCAUUAUCUAUGUGGGUUUAUUCAUGGCUUCAAGCAUUACCAUCCCUUUUCAAGGAGUACGCCUAAAAUUUAAUAAAUGUAAAUUAAGCUAGUGAUAACACAAUGCAAAAACUAUGAGCUAAUGUUCUGCAUAAAACACUAUAACUACUACUUGAAUCCUGGAAUUAGUAAGUUUUGUGGUAUUUUAUGGAUUCCACAUUUUUUUACUAUUGAAUCAAAGUUGAUUUUUGUUGUAAGAUUUAAUUAAUUUUAUCAAGCCAUCAAUUUCUUGGGUGUUUGGUUCUCAUAUUUCUUCACUUCCAUAGAUAAAUGUUAUGAAAAAAUGGUAACUAAAAAGAAGUAGCACCUCAUUACUGUCUUUGUCCAUGCAUUACUUGCUUGUUGCUCUUGAAGACCUGAAGUGAAAAAAAUUCCCUUGACAAUGCAUACGCUUCCAGCAAUCUAGCAUUCCUCUGCUUUUUGAUACCGUGCAACAGCUCCUGAGCAUUAAGGGGAGAGGGCAGUGCAAAUUUAUAUUGGCCUAUGUAUCUCGAGCUAAGAUCAUGGACACCAUGGUUAUUUCUGAAGCUACUCGGCAUGGAAUGCUGAUAAAUGAAGUGGUUGGUACACGGUCUGUUGUUGGAAAUCUUGAGGGAGUCAUUUUUGAGAUCACCCUUCAAUAGAAGUCCUCACCUGUUAACAUGAUAUUGUCAAAUCCACAUCAGGAUAAGCCUAGGAUAAAUCUCCAUCCAGAAAUUGACGAAUUAUAUCGUAUAGGAAACUUUUUUUUUUGGUCCGUGGAGUUUCUUAUGCUUUUUUUUUUUCCUGUUAUGAAGAUUUUUUUUCCUGUAAGUUUGUUGUAGGAUUUCCAUUCGGUGGAAAAAGGGGAACAACACAUGUAUGGUGAUGCAUCUCUAGAAAAUGACUAAUAUUAAUGAUGAUAUAAAUUUUUCAUAUGUUC